GUGAUGACCUUAAUCUUGAAGGUGAAUCAGGGCUGCUAGGUGAAAUUGAUGUUAACUCUUUUUAUCUUGGAUUACUUGACUG